AUGCUGGCCUCCGCCCUGGCAGCCAGCCUAGUAGCAGUCUUUGUUGCCGUGGUGGUGGGCACAGGAGCCCGCUACGAGUACGGCCUCAAGCCUGGGCGGCCGCAUGUCUUUGCCCUCUACUCGCCGCUGAGACUGGCUCUGGGCUUGGUGGCCACUGGUGUGGCGGCCAUGGCCAUGACGGCCGCUACGGCAGCGGCGGCCAUGGCCACCACACAGUAUCCGCUCGCCUUUCCCUCCAUCCUCUACUCGGCUACACCCUUCUCCUUCUGUGGGCCCCGCGGAUGGCUCUCUGUCCUCUCCCUGGCUCUCGGCGCAUCGUCUGCUGCUCUCGUCGCAUCCGCCUUUGCUCCUCGCCCCCUCCUGGUCCCAGAUCUGCUGGCCACGGCCCUGCUCCUGCACGCUCUGCUCGUCACGGCUGCCGAUCGCGCCUUUCCGGCCAACAUCGCAUACUGGGUGGCGCUUUGCGGUGGCCUCGCCGUUGGUGCCAUCCUCGGUACCAUUGUCAACUACCGCAUCGGCGCUAUGGAGUACCGCUCCGACGUCCGUGUUCCGCCGCCACGCCCGCAGCUUGCUCUCUCGCUCGAGCUUCCGUCGCCAACGCCAUCGGCGUCGCCCGUCACUGCCAACGACGGCGAUUCGUCCGCCUCAGACCACUCCGGCCUCGCUCAUUCGCGCGACUCUUCGCUCAGCCUCAACGCCAUCGAGCUGGAUCUCCUCUCGCCGCUCCCUCCCUCGCCACCGCCACCACCACCGCCACCGCCCCUCACCUCGCCCUCACCCUCCCGCCGCGCGUCGACUCUCUCAAACCUCUCGGUCACCUCGGCCCACUCGGCCCACUCGGCCCAAUCCGCUCGCUCCACCUCGGAAGACUCGUCGUCGUCGUGGUUUGCCGCCUCCCCAUCGCCCCGCGGGCUGGACGUUAGUAGCACAGCUGCAGCUGCUUCACACGCCAUCAACCAGGAUGAGACGACAGCAGGAGGUCCUCCGCCGCCAGUGGCUGGCUCUGCCGCACCUCCUCCCGCCGAGGCUGCAGCCGUGCCGGGUAGCCCGCCCCUCGCCCCGGCUGGCUACCACCCGGCCCCAUCCACCCGCGACGGGCCGGUCGAGUACCUCGCCACCUAUGCCCUGGGCCCCCGGACCGCCAUUACCCUUGCCGCCCUCCACCCUGCCAACCCGGACAUGCCGCCCACUCCAUUUGCCGUCUGCCGUCAUAUUGUUGCUGUCGCUGUUCUCCGUGGCGCCGUCGACGUCCUCGGUGCUACCCUCACCUCUGCCUCUGGCUGGCGUGUCGUCUGGUCGCAAACCUGCCACGGCACGGCCCCGCUGCAGCCGACGGCUGUGCCCGAUCCGGCCCUCAUCUCACCGUUGCCGCCCGAUCCAUGGCUUGACGCCUUCCCCAUCAACCUGCCUGACCCGGACUCGGUCGCCGGCUCGAUUGUGUCGGACGCCCCCACCGUCAUCGCCUUUGUACCCGUCCCGCACGAGAUGCUUCCGCCGUACAUGAUGACCCUCAUGCGUGCCGAUGUGACGGACAUGGAUGCGUCGGCAGGAGUGAGCGCCGCCGUCAUGGGCGCCGAUCCCCAUGGCCCGCCCAUCGCCUGCCUACCCGGCUGGCGCGAGGCCAUGGACGGCGUCAUUGCCGACGCCUCGCCGCCACGGGUCUUGGUCAUGGGCAGCCAAGGGGCCGGCAAGUCGACAUUUGUCAGCCUCAUGACCAACAGGCUCUUGGCCCACCAUCCUGCUGUUGCUAUUGUCGACUACGACGUCGGCCAGCCGCUGCUCAAUGUUCCCGGCACAGUGUCAGUCACCCUGGUGGGACGCCCGCUGCUGGGCCCCGCCGGUAUCGAGAUGCAUGCUCAGCUGGCGUCGCGAGCCUUCUUUGCAGGCUUUGUCUCGGCGUCCAAGAGCCCGACCCACCUCGUGCGCUGCAUCGAGUGGGCGAUCCGCGCUCUGCCCACUCUCCUCGACGACGCCGGCCUUUCCGCCGCGGACGUGCCGGUCGUCACCAACUCGUUCGGCUGGGCAACUUCGCUCGGCCUCCAGAUCUCAUCGGUUGCCCUUGGCCUCCUGCACCCCUCCGCCGUUGUGUAUCUCACCGCCAAUCCCUGUGAGGUCUCGUUUCCCGACCACGGCCCGCCGGUGGUCCGCGUGCCGUCGCGGCCUGUCCGCAUGGUCACCCCGCCGGCGCCCCUCCUGGACGCGAUUGGUAUCGACGACUUGACCAUGCCCGACGUGCCAACCUGGUGGAUCCCUCCAGCCCGCAGCGUUGUCAAGCGCAACGCCCGCGCCCGCCGCGACGAGCGCUGGAUUGGAUACUUUGGCUCAGCCGGCGCCGAGCUCGCCGAGGCUGUCCCGUACCGCGUCCCUCUCAGCGCCCUCCACAUUGUCUCAACUCUGCACUAUAUUCCGCCAGAGCAUGUCGGCAAAGUCCUCCUCAACUCGCUCGUCGGUCUCGCCACCUCGCCGUCUGCCGCCGACCAUCUCGGCUUUGGCAUUGUUCGUGGCAUCUCAGACGACGGUCUCGAUCUGUUUAUCAUCACCCCGGUUGAGCCGCGACUUCUCAACGACGUCAACACUCUGCUCUUUGCCACCAGCACGCUCCCAGCCGACUUUAUCCGCGCCUCGACGGCACUCGGGCGGAUGCCGUUCAGCCUCGCCGACAACGUGGCCAAGACCAAGACUGGUGGCGCUGCCAUGCACUCGGCUUUCCGCCGCCGGUAA